CAAAAGCUGCACUCUGACCAAAACUAGAGAGGUAAAACAAACAGCAGAGAGCGAGUAGUCGAAGCCAAUGGAGGAAGACGAAAUGGAUUCCCUGUUCGAGGGCAUGGUCUUGUUCGACCCCAACUCUUCCCAAUUGGAUUCCGACUCACACCCUCCUCCUCUCCCUCCUCAGGACACCGCCGAAGAUCGCAAAAUCGAAUCUCAAGAUGCUCCGCCGUCGCCGCCGGGAUCAUCAUCUGAACCCCUCGACGAGAAUCUCUUCUCCGACCUCACCGUCCAAUUCCAAUCCCCUCCGGUAGAACAACAAGAUCCGAUCAAAUCCACAUCGAGACAGAACUCGAGUUCCCGGAAGAAGAAAAGAGCCGCCGGAUUAAGAAUCGGAUACGCCAGACACUCUUCUAACUCUCACGAUCGCUCCCUCUCUAUCGACGCCGAUGACGUCAUCACCGACGGUAUUGAUUCCCUCCCGGAGCCCAGCCCUUCCACUCCAUCACUACCACCAGUCCAACCCGAACUCAGACCCGAAGCCGAAGCGGAGCUCCAAUCCGAUGAAUUUGAGGUGACUCCGGAGGUGCGGCUGGAGCAGAGCAAGGCGGUGAUCGGCGAGAAGCUGAGGCGUGCUCGUGAACUUGCGGCGUCCGUUUCGUCGGCGAGGAAGGACUCGAUUGCGAGGAGGAGGGCAGCGGCUGACGAUCUCAAUGUGGCGUCUGUCGAUUACGGCAGCCUGGAGAAGCAGCUGGAAGAGGCAUGUGAGGCUGAGGAUUUCGAGACGGCGGAGAGGCUUAGUGACAGCCUUGCUGCUGCUCAGGAGAAAAGGCAGGUUCUGUUGGCUGCAUUGAGAGACGCUGAGGCGGAUUGUGAUGCUGUGGACUCGAAAAUGCAUGAGGUUCUGCAGUCACAGAUCGCCGCAGAAGAAGAAUGUGCAUCUCUGCUACAACAGUUUGCUACUGAUGCUUCAAAUAAUGCAGAUUUGGUGUUAAAGGCGGCAGAAGAGCUGUCUUCCACAGAGACAGACAAAUGGCUUUCAUCGACAGAAGCCUUGGAAGCCAAGAAGAUGGAAUUGGAAUUUGAGUCACAUAUUAUUGGCGAAGCGGGGCUUGGCUUAAACAGUUGCAUUGAGACUUCGGUGGAGGAUGACAAGAAAGAGAAAGAAUCUCUCUGUAAGAAAAGGGACAUUCUUACAGAUGAACUGGAGAAGCUUCUUGCGUUAGUAAGAGAGAAGGAACAGGAAAUCGCACAGAAUGAUCGUGACAUCCGGCAAGUUGAGGAAAAGAUUGCUAAUGUUCUGUCUGGCUUUGGGGAGAUGCAAUCCACUAUGGAGGCCAAGUCUAGUGACUUGCAAGAAGCUCUUUCUCAGAUACACUUGGAGAAUGAAGCUCUGUCAACACAAAAGACAGAAAUUGAUGCUGUCCUUACUCAGGACCAAGAGAGGGGAGCAAAGUUGAGGGAACUGGCCAGGGUUUCUGCAGAGGAAGCUGAGGGAUACCAACAAGUUGCUGCACUUAGAAAGAGUCUAAUGUCCUCUAUUUUGAAGUCUAGGGAAGAUAAGGUCAGGUUAGCAAAGACUGAAGAGAAGCUUUCCGAGGAUGUUCAAAAGCUCCAACAGGAUGUUUCUGCAGCAAGAACUUCACUUCAGGAACGGUCUUCCAGAAAGUCAAGCAUUCAGCAAGAUAUAGCGUCCUCUAAGCAGAAAAUUAUUUUCAUUGAUAAAAGAAUACCAGAGCUGGAAGCAGAAAAGAAAGUUGCUGCCACUGCAAGAAAUUUUAAAGAAGCUGCCCGGAUAGCUGCCGAGGCCAAAUCAUUGAAUGUUGAAAAGGAUGGUUUACAGAUUGACAUGCAAAAGGCCAUCUCAGAGCUUGAUAAGCUUGAGGAAGAGAUUAAAGAGACUGUCAACAGACUGCAGGAGACUGAGGGGCACAUUUUGUCCAAGGAAAAAGAGGUAGCAACAGCUAGGUUUCAGAGGCUGCUACUAGUAUCUGGUAUUGCUAAAGCGGAAAGAGAAGCUGCUUUGGACUUGGGUGAUAUUGAGGAAGCUAACCUGCUGCUUGCAGAGGCUGAAGCAGCCGACUCUGAAGCCAAGGAACUUGAACCGGUAUACAACUUUAAACUGGAAGAGGUAGAAAGUCUACCAAAGCACUUUAUGUCUGUGGUGCUCAUAUCCACUCUUGGGAAGAAGCAGUUGGAAGAAUUGGCAGCAUCUGUUCAAGUUUCUCCGGCAUGACAACUGACAGAACAGGAGUGAGUUAAUUUAUCAAUGAUGCUUGUGGUGUUGGGAUCCACAAGUUAAAGAGGAUUCCAAUAUUGAAUGACUGAGAAGCUGGAGCAGCUUAUGAACUGUGUUCCUUUGGCAACAUCCAGCUUUGCAAUUGCAUUUUCCCUUCAGCCAUGUGAUUACUGCCUUGAUUGUCUAAGGGCGCAAAUUCCUCAUCUUAAGGAUGAAAGGUUUGGAAUCCCUUCCACCCAACUUAUGUUCCCUUGAGCUGUGUCUUGUCAGUUAGUCGGAAAAUCCAGCUUUCAAUCACCACUCAACAUUUUAUCUCCCUUUUUUGUAUGAUUUUAAAUGAGGAGGUCUUCAACGGUUUCAGUGCAUACAGCAAUUUUCUGCUGCAUAAUUUUGUACCAUACUAAGUUUAUUGGUCCGUCCAGUGUACUUGGGAGUUUCUCUUGGUAACUGCGUAGACAAAUUGAUACAGAUUUUUUGGUGGGGAAAAAUAAAUCCUUGUAUGAAUACAUGGAUUGGUCAGUUUUGUGAUAGCUGUGUACCAUAUUUCAAGUAUGUGGAGAUAUAUAUAAAUUGCUUCUAUAA